UCGCCCUUUUUUUCGGCGCCAUAGAAACGACAUCGGACACAUCACCUGCAGCUUUCCGCAACGGCUAUUCGCAGCCGUGAACGCAUUCUGGCUGCUGCACCUCUUCCCUCGAAUCCUGGCUGAAAUGUAACCUGUCAAAGUCGAGCUCUCACUUGCAUCUCUGGGGGCCAUGGCGGGAUUAGGUCAGACGUCCGUUUACACUGGCCUUCUCUCUAACCCAGCAGAAGCAUCCGGAUCUGUCCCGACUAUCAAACGACUAUCAAAAGCCCUGGCCACUCCAACGGCCGCUGCCCGGGAGAUCCUUUGUGGAAUUACUGCUGAGCUGAUGCUAAGUUUAUCCCGUCGCACCCAUGUCUCCCGCUGCAACCAGCCCCGCGAGCGCCCAAAUAAUGGGAUUCGUCACCCGCUGCGCCGGCUCAAACAGUCAGCACUCUAUGCGGCAUGGCCUGAUGCGCGCUUCCCGGGAAUGCAGCGGCCGUUUGAGAACCGCCCGGGACGCCAGGAUGGCAGAGAGUGACACAGCAUUUGGCAUAUCCGAGCUCGAGCCGUCCUCUCAUGGAAGGGAGCAGCGAGGACACACACACACCGAGCUGCCGCCGGACAGGACCCUGAUGCCUCUCUUGGCUGUUCUGAGCGAUGUGCAUCUGCAUCUACGCCACGAGUGUGCACAUGCGGUGCUACCCGAAAAAAAGCGUACGAGGCGCAUGGCCCCUUUGCCCUUGCCGGUGCCGGUGCCGUACGGCCUUCGCUUGCAUCGCUCGUCUACGAUGCAC